AUUCAAUCUAAUUAAGGCACUCGAAUGAAUAUCGGUUAUAUGGAUAUUAUUAUUUACUUAUUUUAUACCCGGUACUCAUUUUAUUAAUUUAUUAAUGUUAUUUGUUGAGGCCUAUAAACAUAUUCCUUUUCGUUUUCAAUUGCGUUAGCACUAUUUUUCUGCACAUCUGUGAUUGUUGUGUUUGUUGGUUAAACAUGACGUUUCAAAAGUCAGUCAACAAUUCGAUAGACGUCUAUUGCCAUUUCCAUACGCGCAAAAAUCCAACUGAUAAAACAAACCGAAAUUUCGCCAAGUCUAGAUUUGUAUAAAUACGGCUGGUGAUAGCAGAACAUAAUAUUGCGAAUUCAGCAACUACAUCGUAUAGUUCAGUUACCAAAAUGCUGGCUACAAAGUAUCUUUUCCUGACUGCCGCCUUCUUGUUCUGCGUGAGUGGGGCUCUGGCUGUGACCUGUGAGGAAGAUCCCACGGAUACCGCCUGCAUUGACUGCACCACCGAUCCCACCAACACAGAAUGUGUCACCACCACGACAACGACAACCACAACAACGACAACGACAACAACAACAGCAUCCACAGUGGCACCUGUGACGACUGCUGCCACGACUACUGCCCCAACAGCCGCCCCACAAACCACCAAGAAAGCGGGCAACGUGAAGAAGGUCACCAUUAGGAAUCUUAAAUACAAAGUCACGCGGAAGAUCAAGGUCACCAAUAAAUCUGGCUGAACGAAAAUUCAUCUGAAAAUAUAGUCUACUUUAUAGCCGAAAUAAAUAAAA